AUGACAUUUUAUGAAGAAUGUGUCCCUAAUAAAAUGCUGAUAGACAAAGCGUUUGUCUUCCCAACUCCAUGUACUAGCUUACUUAGUUUAGGCUCUUCGUUAAGUCCACUUAUGCACGUUGCCUCCCUGAUUCUCCUCUCCAUACUUUUCACCCAUACUACUACAUUGGCGUUACAUGGAAAUCUGGUUGAGAUGACGGCAGGAAAGAAGAGCAAACGUGAUGACAUGUCGGCUAUAGAUUCUUUCGACGAGGUUGUAGUUGGUCUACAUCAGGCUGAGUCAGCUGUACUUAUGCUAAGAAGUCCUGAAGACGAUGUUAAAACUCGAGCUUGUGAAGCCUUAUACAAGUUUUCAAAUAAAAGUGACGAAAACAAAAAAGCACUGAUAUCAUUAAAUGUUCUAGAGUGCCUCCAGCCCCUAGUAAGAGAUGAAAAUAGGGUAGUAAAAAGGAAUGCGGUACUUGUUUAUGGAGUUCUAUCGUCACUUCCUUCUGCAAGGUCUAUCAUUAGGAAACUGCCAAAUAUCGUUACUGAUCUUCUCAAGCUUUUGGACUCAGAAGAAUUUGAGACAACAAAAGAAUUUGCUGCAAUGACAUUGUCACAUCUUUGUUUGGAAUAUGCUGGUAUAUACGAGCUUAUAGAGCAUAAAUGCUUCUCUGUUAUUAUACCUUGUUUAAAAUCACCUGAUCCAGAUGUACAGAGGAAUACAUUGGAUAUAAUACAUAUGUUACUUCAAGACUUUGAAGCUCGCCCAAUGCUGAAGGCUUCUGAAGGUCUGGAGACUCUGAUUGAGUUGUUGGUAUCGGAGUAUCCGAUUAUUCAAGAUUUGGUGUUAAAAAUAUUUGCUAGAGCAGCACAAGACAGUAUAAUAAGGACAGCCUUGAGAGAUAUGAAUGCAUUGGAUGCAUUUGUUGAUAUUAUUGGUGUUCCGGAAUUUAACGAUAUACAUGUUUCCGCCCUACAAGUAAUUGCAAAUUUACUAGACGAUACUGAAUGUGUAAAGCAUUUAGUUAGUCAAGGCAGUCUUCAAAAAUUAUUGCAUUUUAUCACUGAUCGUCAAGUUUAUAAUGAAAGUGAUAUCAAAGUCAAUUCUGCGAAUCAACAGCAAAAUAAAGACAAGAAUACUAAAGGAAGGAAACCUAGUCCUAAGAAAAGUGAUAAGAAAAAAAGCAGCAAAGGAGAACCGGAUGGAAAAAAAGAUGAGGAAAAACCACCGUCAAAUACUUUGCCAGAAGCGAAAAUUCACACAUGUAAUGCACUUAUGAGAGCUGCAUGUAAAGAAGAAACAAGGAAAAUUUUACACGAUGCAGAUGUUGAAAGGAUGUUAGUAUCACUAUUAUCUCAUGAAGAUGAAGGUGUACGAGCUGCAUCAGCACAAGUUAUUGCUAUACUGUCAGAAAGUUCAGUAUGCCAGGAUAGAAUAGCUGAAUUAGGUGGACCGGAAUUACUUAUUCGUAUGACGCGGAGCGAUCAUCGUGAACUGAAAUCAGCUGGAGCUACAGCAUUAGCCGCUUUGACUACUGGAAAUGGAUCGAUUUGUCGAGAGGUUGCAAGUCGAAAUUCAGGGCUUGAGGCGUUGCUUAGUUGUUUACAUAUAAGUGAUCCUGAAGUUGACUUAAUUACAGUAGGUGGAUUAAUUGCACUGACGAAUUUGGCUACUGAAGAAACUACUCGACCAAAGGUUUUACAUGUAAUAACGGCUAAGUUAUUUAUACCAACUUUAAAUUCAAAUUCAGUAUUAACUCAAUCUAAAGCUGCAUUAGCUGUGGCUUCGCUAAUAUCCGAACAACAUACUAUCCAACAAUUUGUUCGACUGGGUGGUUUAUCGAGUUUACUUGAUUUAAUUCAGUCAACAAAUAAUGAUGUGCGUCGUUCAGCGUGUUGGGCUAUCGCUUCAUUAACAGCUGACCAUUCAGCUGCUGUAACGUUAUCCCAAUUGAAUGGUAUAACUAUUUUGCAAACACUGAAUGAAUCUAUAACACGUAAAAAUGCUUUUACUGAAUUAGCUUUAAAACGUGUACUGGAUGCUAAUUUAAUGGCGAAAUUCGCAUUAACUGGUUACUUAGAUUUUGUAGAUCACAUACCAGAUUUAUUUUAUGAUCCUGGUCAAAUAACUAAUCCAUCUCAAUUUUUAACAUUGGAUGAAUAUAAUGAGCAAUCUGUGAAUGACCGUCGACCAAUAUUUUUAAUAAAUUUACAAAAAUGUGAUAUUGUUUCAUCGUCAGAUUAUGUACAAUCACAAGAUUCCAAUGAUGCCAAAACUGAUGAUUUAAAACAAGAUGAUUUAAAUUAUUUCAAUGAAAUGAAAUAUUCUUUUGAUUCUACAUUACAUGAUUGGUUAAAUAUUGCAAUUAAACAAAUUACGCCAAUAAGUGAAUUAAAAGAGCAAAUAAAAUCUUUAGGAGAAUUUGUUGCUUCUUGCUAUGGAGGAUCAAUCAGCAAAGAUGAACAAUUCACUCUAAGAAAUGAGUUAUCUCUGGCACAGUUACGAUGUCAAUUGAAUUCUAACUUAAUACCAAUAGGUUUAAUUAAACAAGGAUCUUUUCUACAACGUGCAUUAGUUUUUAAAUUGCUUGCUGAUCGAAUUGGAUUACCAACUAAUUUAAUACGUGGAACAUAUGGACGUUCAUUUAAUGAAAUUCUGAUAGAACCAGAAAAUUCAAAAUCUCAAACGUACAGAGAUUUAUAUAUUGUGGAUUUAAUGUUUGAACCCGGAAAGUUAUUAAAAUCGUCUACAAGUGAAGCAUUAGAGUAUACUAGUAUAGCCUGCUAA